CCCCGGCGGGAGCGACCCGGGAGCUGCGGCCGCUCCUCCGCUUCCUCCACCUCCAGUUCCUCCCCGCGGCGCCCGCAGCCUUCCCGGGCUUCCCAGAGCGCAGCCGACGUGCCCCACGCCAACACAGCCAACCCGAUGGCGUCCGCUACUGCCGUGCCUGUAGGAUUUCACUAUGAAACCAAAUACGUAGUGCUCAGCUACCUGGGCCUUUUAGCACAGGAGAAGCCACAGGAGCAUCCUCCUCCUCCUCCAACUCAAGGGACUCAACAACAGCUUAUGGCACAACAUGCUCUGGAGAAAGAGGCUUUGGAGAAGAUUAAAAUAGAGAUCGAGGAGGAGCUAAAACAUCUUGAUGAAGAAAUCUUGGAAGCAUUUACCACUACAGGGUUUGACUGCCACACUUCCCCAGUGUUCAGCCCUGCCAAUCCAGAGAGCUCAAUAGAAGACUGCCUGGCUCAUCUGGGGGAGAAAGUGUCCCAGGAGUUGAAGGAACAUCUGCACAAAGCACUGCAGAGCUUGCUUAGCAAGCCGGUGACGUAUCAGGACUAUCGGGAGCGCACGCAGGAGGCGGCUGCUCAUGCCAGUGGAUGGAACAAGGUCUUGGUGCCCCUGGUUCUGUUACAACAAUUUCUGAUGGAGCUGACCAGACGGGGCCAGGAACCACUGAGUGCCCUUGUGAACUUCGGGGUGACGUAUCUAGAAGAUUAUUCUGCAGAUUAUAUCAUUCAACAAGGAGGAUGGGGAACAGUUUUCACUUUGGAAUCGGAAGAGGAAGAGUAUCCUGGGCUCAUUGCAGAGGACAGCAAUGACAUUUACAUCCUGACCAGUGACAACUCAGGGCAGGUGAGCCCCCCGGAGUCCCCCACGGUGACCACGUCGUGGCAGUCGGAGAGCCUGCCCGUGUCCCUGUCAGCGAGUCAGAGCUGGCACACGGAGAGCCUGCCAGUGUCCCUGGGACCUGAGUCCUGGCAGCAAGUGGCCAUGGAUCCUGAAGAAGUCAAAAGCCUGGACAGCAACGGAGGAGGCGAAGAGAGGAGUGAGAACAACUCUUCCAACUCUGACAUUGUUCACGUGGAGAAGGAAGAGAUACCAGAGGGGAUUGAGGAAGCAGUGGUGCCAGCCGGCGCUGCAGAGACCAUGCAGGCAGCCUUCCCAGAAACCUCUGCUUCUUUACAGGAAAUAAAACCUCCUGAAAUUGCUGCUGCUGGAAAAGCACAUCCCUCCGCACUUCUGCGUACAAAACAGGAGGAGAAGGGAAAAGCAGCUGAAGAGCUUGUUGAACCUGAAAUCCCCGUGUUAAGUAAACCUGUCCCAAAGUUAGCUCCAUCGGAAGAAAAGGCUGCACCAGAACCUGAGAAAAUACUGCUUCCAGGGGAAAAAAAAGGGGGGAAAGAGGGUCAUUUGGAAGAAAUAGAAGAGAAAUCCUCAGCUGCAGAGGAGAAGCCUAUCCUAUUGCCAGAAGGGAAAUCUAUACUGCUGUACGGCGGGGCUGCCGCCGUCGCUAUAUUGGCUGUGGCAGUGGGAGUAGCGCUGGCGCUUAGGAAAAAGUAACGGAGCUCUCUUGAGGAGGAGGGGGGAGAGAAGAGAGCACAUCCAGUUUUUGUAGUUGUGUUACCUAAAGGUUGAGCUGCCUGCUGUUUAAUUGGACAUUUGAGUAACUCAGUGGUGAUGAGGUGAGGUUGUUCAAUAAGCCUCCAGCUACGGACAAUCAUGUUUUUAAGUAGAAUCGGGGCGGGGACUGGUUUUUCGUGAUUAAAGUAUGGGGGUAUUUUUAAAAAAAAAAAAAAAAAGAAUCUGCAAAUUUAAGAACUUAAAGUGCAGGUGCUGAAGAAAGGGGUGCUCAUACUCUAGGAACUGGAACAGAGAAUCCCCAGGGGAAGGGGAGAGCCAGCUGCUGCCAACCCCUGGAGAUUUUGGCUUCUCAGAUUGACCGCUACUGCAGCUGUGCUGUCUUGUCACUUCCUGUUGUGCCCCCGAGCCCCUCCUAACAAACAUUAGCCAACCUGAGUCCUGUAGCGAGAGGCUGGUGUCCCUUUUGUCUCAGCUUCCUCUCAGGUACAGCACUGCUCCUCAUAACCUUCCAGGUUCCUCCUAAGCCCCAGUGGGACAGUGCUUAUUCUUACCUCUUGGCUCACACUGGUUUUGGCCCCUAACGUUUACUGGAGCCCCAUCCUGUAAAGAUGCUGCCUCUCUAUAGCUGUACUAUCUCUGAGCAUCCUGGUGUUCCUGGGGCAGUGCUGCUGCCCAGGAGGGUGAGAGGGACACUGCUGUUUGCUGGUUUGAGAAUCCAUUUGCUCUGCUCCUGCCCAGCCCACUUUACUGCAAGCCCUUCAGAGGCACGAAAUUGAUGCUGGACACGGUGCCAUUGGGAUCAGUACUCUGAUAUCUGGGGUAGAUUCAGCAAAAACACAGCAAACCCGUGUGGAAGCAAGGCCAGUGCCUCAAGUGCAAUUCAGACGUUAAACGCUCUGCUGUCCUGUGUCACGCUGCAGUCUGCAUUGUCUUCCCCAAGUUAAGCACAGAGUGUAUUUAGUCCUAACUUGGUCUUGCCUGUGACAGAAUCCCAGAUAUAUAAAGCAAUGGGUUCUAGUAACUGAGCAAAAGAGCAUUAAACAUCUCUACCUGCUUGUUCCUGGCCUGGCCUGGAGUGCUGUUCAGUGCGAUUUCUUUUGCGACUGUGAAUCUGUAACUGGCUGAACUUACAGGUUCACAAACGAUGAGCAAUUUACUUUGGCAAAAAAAGGAAAUCCCCCUUCCUGCAGUCACAGCACUUCAGGUGUGCGUGGAGAGAAGCUUUCAAGUGUUGCCCUACUCCUCAGAGGGAUCCUGCCACAAGGGUUCCUCUUUCAGCACGUGUCUGUGUGUCUGUCCUUGUCCAUACCGCAGCUCUGUGGGCAACACCUUGGGCUUCCCAGGCAGAACUGUGCAUGCAUCUCUGAGGGUUGGUGCUGGCACUGUGGUUUAGACCAGAUGGAGGAAGGUGAAAAGGGAACUUGUGAUAAUGUAAAAAAUGAAACAUGAGCUUAUGGAAGACUUCGCAAAGCACAAAGACAAGGUACUUUUAUUUCUAAAUUAUUAUUUCUAAGUAACCAUAUCAAGAGUACAUGGGAUCUCAGAAUGAAGAGAUCUUAGCAUAUUCUCUAUUUUAGAAUAUCCUUGCUGCAUUUUCCUAUCCCAGGAUGCUGGAAAGUUAGUCAGAAUGUGUCAGAUUCUGAGGAAUUAUUUUUGUGUAAGCUUUUGUGAAAUGGAUUUUCUAGAAAAAAUGGAUUUUGAACUCUGUGUGUGUGAAGUUGAAUAUUGAGAGGAAGGUUUGUGUAUAUACUGCUGCUGUGGACUGAACUUGGGAGCUCUGGAGUUCUGGACUGUACUGUUGAUAACUGAUUGCUCUUCUUCCAUGUAUAAAACAUAGCAGGUUGGCCUUAUCAGAAAAAAAAAAACCAACCCAAAUCUUUUAUCACAUUGCAAAAUGGAAUUGACUUUUUCUUUUUGCCAUUUUCUGGUGCCCUGCUGGUACUCAUUGCUGUGCUGUGUCCCUGGAAGGGGUGGCUGGGACCUCCUCGUGCCAUGGACUCUGGUGUCUGCAUUCCCACCAUGGCAGUUCCCUCUCCUGGCCCCUUGCAGGAGCUUCCUCCACGUGGAGGAGAGGUCUCUUUAUGCUCCAUCUGUCAUGGACAUGCAGGAUAGGGUUGUUUCAGUAGGAGUGUGGACAUGGGUGGAGGACAGACAAAAAUAAAUCCAGGCUGGCAAGGGAAGAAGUUCCAGACUUACUGCCACAAGGAGCCCAGUGGGGCAUGAAAUAUAAAUCUUCCACACACAGCAGUGAGAAGGUGGCAGCACUAGUAAGGAAAAUAAAUGACUGUGUUAGGCAUUUUCAUGGUCAGGCCUUGAGUAUCUGGUGUGUUGCUACAUUUCAUGGAGCAUCAGUUGCAAGGUAUGUUUUGGUUGCUUCAUCUUUUCUUUGUAAUGUUCUUCUUCUGGGGUCUUUUAGAUUUGGCAAGUCAGCGAGAAUUUGAACUGACCACAUGUUCAGAAAAUUUACUGUAUGAGUCUCUUUCCUCUGGCACACUCCACUAGUUAAAAAGGUCAGCUGUGAGGUUGAGUUCUGCAGAGUUUGGAGUCCUGUGGUCAGAGCUGAGAUCACCAAAGGUGGGUAAGCUCAGAUGGCAGUGUUCCUACAGACCUGAGUGAGAGGCUGCACUGUUAAGAGGUGUGCAUUAAACAAUGGAAGUUUUCUUCCCCCUUAUUUUCAAGUAUAUUACAGUAAUCCUAAACUGCAGGGUCCAAUUACCCUGAAAGGUGUGGUGCAACCUCUCUUUAGUGGAUCUCCUGUAGCUGGCAGAGGGAAGGCAGGAGCUAUAUACCUGCAAAAGGGCAUAGAGAAUUAUGUUCACUGUCUUGCUCAUCUCCUUCCCAGAAGUGCCUCAAUAUCUGUCCUUGAGUGGCCUGUACUUUAACAAAAUAUCUACCUUAGACCCAUUCUGUCUUCACUUUAUCCUUAGCAUACCCUAAAGCUGAGAUGCUAAAAUAGCAGAGGACUGGAUCUGUGAAAAAAAGUGGGAAAUACUUAAGGAACUGCAGUGGGUAGCGUGUCAGUAAGGAGUUAUCAAGGGAAAGGCUUUCAAGAGAAGGUGCAACUUAAAUUUAGCUGUGCUUAAUUCUAAGCUGUGCUUAGUUGGGCAUUGUGGCUGGGAGCUGGGCAGGGAGUUUCUUCAGCUGGCACUGCAGGAACAAGAGGCUGAGAGCAAAGGCAGAAUCCCUCUGUUGCCCAGAGUGCAGAUGCAAAGCCAUGUCCCAGCUCUUGUGUGCUGGGUGGAGCCUGGUGGGCUCCUGAGUCCCUUGAGCUCAGAAGAUCCAGGCUGUGGGGCAGGUCAGUACUGCAGGAAUCCAUCCUUGCUGUUUGUGAGGGCUUCAUUUUUCCCUCUGGCCGUGCUCAGGCAGCUGCAGCUCAAGGGCUAGCUGGAAGCUGAGUGCUCUUACACAGGACAAGUUUUGCUGCCAGAAUCCCAUUUCCUUUCUUCCCCCACAGCUAGGCUAAAACUUUGGACUGGCUUUUUAAACUAAUCAAUGCUUUCUAAUGGUUACAAAUGAAAAGUUUAAUUAGUACUAAACAAGCAAGCUCCUGAACUUUGGUCUUCUUUCAUUUUAAUGAGUGUAGUAGAUAAAAUAAUCUGAGGCUAUAAACCUUCCCUAUAGUUAAUGUCAGUUACAGAGGUAUGGCAGUACUGUCUAAGCCCUAAAACGGUAGAUCUUGCUCUUCUGGCACCUCAGUUGUUCAUUCACCAAGCCAGAGCAAGCUCCUGUUACAGAGUUUUGGAGUGCAAUUACUAGAAUCUUUUGGUGUGAAAUGGGGGAGUGGGGUGGGGAGGUGCACAUGGCUGGCCCAGGUGUGAUGCCUACAGGCACCACAAAGCCCAGGGCUUCAGCAGAAUGCCAUAUUCUGGGCUCUAUUUGUGUCUGCUCAUGUUGGAGCACAAUGGGAGAAAGUGUUUCCCAGUGACAAAUUCCUGUUUAGUAUCUUUAUUGAUGAUCUGGAUGAGGGAAUGGAGUUUAACAUCAGCAAACUUGCAGAUGGCACGAAGUUGGGUGCAAGUGUUGGUCUGCUGGAGGGUAGGAGGGCUCUGGGAGGCACCUGGACAGGCUGGAUUGGUAAACUGGGGACAGAGUGGCUGGC